AUGGUACACGCUUUUGAGUACGUGAUCUUCACAAUCAUUGUAGGAGGGAACGUUGCUCUUGGCCUGUACUUCUCCUUCCGCCGGCGAGUCGGUCACGAUGGCGACACCGAUGAAGUGUUUCUGGGCAAGCGCUCUCUGGCCAUGUUUCCCUUGGCUGUUUCAGUGUUGGCAUCGAUGAUGUCGGCGCUGGGCAUAGUGGGUUUCACGGCUCAUUACUACACCUAUGGCAUACACAUGGUGUGGACAACCUUACCUAUACUGCUCACCAUCCCGGUCAUCACAACUAUCAUAGUACCAGUGUUCUACAAGCUGAAGAUUACAUCAGUGUUUGAAGGUGGCCUACGAGGUGUGGUUUGGACGGACUGUGUACAAGCACUAGUUAUUGUAGCCGCUCCAGCGACCAUUGCAAUCAAAGUGCUGUGGGAUGCCAGCAAGCGACAUCUAAGGCCAAUGACAUUCGAGGACUUCAAGCCAUAUGUCUUUCAAUACAAUUUAGACUUCACUCAGGACGAGAACGUUUGGUCAAACGUCAUCGGACUGUUUUGGGGUUGGAUGUAUCGGGCGGGCUUGGACCAGGUAAUGGUGCAACGCUACCUAGCCUCAAGAACACUCCGCGAUGCACAAAGAACGGCAUGGUGGGGGACCCUGCUCAUUAUUGCCUACUUCAUUAUUACUGCCGGCUUAGGCCUCAUCAUGGCUUACUGGUAUCGGGACUGCGACCCUUUGCUAGCGGGCGUAGUCUCUACUACGGAUCAGAUAAUACCCUACUACGUAAAUACUAAUUUGGCCGCUUUCUUGGGAUUUUCCGGCAUCUUUCUGGCUGGUGUUGUGGGAGCCACUACAAGCACAAUAUCGUCCAUCAUAAAUUCACUUGCGGCCGUAACAUAUGUGGAGUUUGUCGCACUUUUCGCAAAGCCAUCACCGAAACGUUCACUUCUUCUGACUAAAUUUUUAGAGUGGUAA